AUGUCAGCCUCAAUUCCCCGCCCGUCAAGGCCAUCGCAUGGGCCUCCGACAACGGCACUGCCUGCAUUGCCUGUGUCUAAGACACGCAAGAGCACAGGCAACCUUCCAGCAUCCUCUACUUCGAGUGCAGGAAGCUCUUCACCAACGAUACCCAGAAGCAGCCUUCGUGCGCCUUCUUCAUCAUACCUGCCGAGUCAAACAAAUUCGUCGAAGUCCACGCCGGGAGUGAAUAGUGCUGGGAAGACCAUAAGAAAGACCAUUAGCAUUAAUGCAUUUCCACAGCCACCUAGAGGCGUACGAACAACCAGCCUUCCACCUAGCCCGCUCUCUGGCGGAAUCGAGCCCAGUAGUGCAAUAUUCAGCGGGUCGGAGUCGGGGCUUACGAGUCCUGGGGGCAGCAAGGCUAGGAAACGGAAGACCGCACCCAGCCCGAAAAGCCAGAGCCAAAGCUAUAUCAGUACGAACCCCAGCUUGCUCAACGGGAGCGGUGACAGUAGAUCCAUUUCCAGCGGACCAGGUGCUCGAGGAUCAGAUGGUCUGCUGAGUCUGCCCUCCCCCCCACAAAGCCGAAGCUCUUCAGCACAAGAUUCAUAUUCGACUUCGGCGACGACAUUCGAGGGAAACGGCGAAGGAUACCGCGGCCGAGAGCUACCUGCGGAUGCCAUCGAUGAAAAUGGCCACUGCGGAUUUCACGAAGGGAAAGGAAAUGUGCUAGUCAGUGUUCGGGUUCGUCCAGAUGCCGGGGCAAUUUCCACCAAAAAUGAUGGAGAGUGGAUGGUAGACGGGAGGAGAUCCCUAGUAGCAUAUCGUGGCAAAGAAGGGGGUGACUAUUAUUAUGAUAAUGUCUUUGCAACACACGAUAACAACGCCAAAGUUUACGAUUCCUCGGCGAAACGACUGGUACGACGAGUAAUGGAAGGGUACCAUGGAACUGUAUUUGCUUACGGAAUGACUGGAACAGGAAAGACAUUUUCCAUGCAAGGAACUGCGACCUCGCCUGGUGUUAUACCCCUCGCCAUCACAGAUAUCUUCUCAUACAUCCGUGAGACACCAUCGCGCGAAUUUCUUCUUCGGGUCAGUUAUUUGGAAAUUUAUAAUGAGAAGAUUCAUGAUCUUUUAAGUGCCCCAACAGCUGGGACUGCCAUCGGACCAGGUGCUCCUCAACAGGAAGAAAUCAAACUACGAGAAGAUGCCAAGAGGGGGGUUUACGCUAGUCCGCUCAAGGAGGAGAUAGUACAAAGUCCUACGCAGCUUCUGAGGGUGAUAGCACGAGGAGACCAAGCCAGGAGGACCUCCAGUACUCAAUUCAACUCCAGGAGUUCCCGAAGUCACGCUGUUGUCCAGAUUGUGGUGGAAAGCAGAGAAAGGAUCCCGGGUAAUACAGCUAUGGUUGACAACAAACGCUCGGGUCUACCGGGAGGCGUCCGUGUGUCAACAUUGAGUUUGAUCGAUUUGGCUGGGUCUGAAAGAGCGGCAGAGACCAAGGAACGACGGACAGAGGGAUCGCAUAUCAACAAGAGUUUGUUGACGCUCGGAACAGUUAUAGCUCGCUUGUCCGGGGAUAAAGAUAAGGAUGGAAAACCCACUGACAAGGAUGGGAGACACCUUCCAUAUCGAGACAGCAAGCUUACCCGGCUCUUGCAAGGAGCUUUAUCGGGAGACUCACUUGUUAGCAUCCUUUGCACGAUCCAGAUCGGGUCUACCGGUAGCGCUUCAGCACAGAACACGCACACUGGUGAGACGCUGAACACGUUGAAGUUCGCCUCCAGAGCAAAAAAUAACAUAAUCAGUCAUGCCAAGAGAGCUGAUGAAGCCUUGGGGGCCGGAGGAGAUGGUGGUGCAAGAGUACUUCUUGAGCGUUACCGCAUGGAGAUUCUUGAGCUGCGAGGGCAGUUAGAUGCGCAAGCGAAAACCAGAGACUAUGAGGAAGAAAAGGAACGUGAAAAGGAAGCUGACCAAAGACAUGAGGAGCAGAUGCUGGAGAUGCAGCUAGCUCGAACAGCGUUGAAGGAGCGUAUUGAACACCUCAACCGUCUCAUUCUGAGUUCCAAGUCGACAGGCGUCAAUGUUAGUGGAUCGUAUUCCUCGCUCGGUAUGCAUCCCAGGCUGUCUGCCGUAGCGUCCAACGGCCACCUUUCGCAAAUGUCAAUGCGCUCGUCUAUCACCCCAUCAACGGCCGGCAGAAGUUCCGUCGAGAGAACAGCCUCAAUCAAGUCGGUAUCCACGAUAGGUGCACUGCCCAACAAUCAACGGCUCUCUGGUGAAAGGCUAUCAGGGGGCUCGGCUGAGGACGAAGACUCUACAGGGGAAUUUGGCGAUGGCACCGCAUCUUUGCAAGCCCAGAACCGCGCGUUACAAGCCGAUCUGGCCGACAAGAAUCGAUACUGUCAAACGUUGGAGAAACGGCUUAUCCAAGCCCGGCGAUCAAGUCACUCGAGAGCGUCCGUUGGAUUUUCGAAAAGUGGCGUCAUGGUGGGAGAAGACCAUGGUGUCGCCGCGUUGCUCAAGGAAAAGGAUUCCGAAAUUGCUGAUCUCCGAGCUCGACUAGAUGAUAAGGAUCGGAUGUUGACGGCGCUUCGAAGCGCCGCUAGAUCCAGAGAUACAGCUGAAGUGCCCCGGACGCCCACCAACGCGUCACUGUUGUCUGAGAGCGGCUCAUCCAAUCCGGUCUCUGCUCGUCCUUCACAACUCAUCGAGAGUGGUCCCUUUUUCCCGGUUCUAGCCAUAGGGCCGGUUGGGCUUCUAUCGCCAAAGACACGCAAGCGGACGAAGAGCGUUGACGAAAUGUCCAAGAUGUUGGACGAAAUGAUUCAGGACAGAGUCGAAUCUGGGCAUCUUGUCAAGGGCACUCGUGGUAAUGUCCGAAUCGUCAGCGAGCGGAAACGCGACGCGCCUGGCGAACCCUUCAUGGGCGUCGAAUCCGUACUUUCGAAGUCGUCUCCUCCCACAGCGAUGCCUACUGAAGCGCCACCCAGGGUGCCGAGCAGGAAGAGGUCCUCAGAGAUCAGUGAAAAGGGUGCUGCAGCGAGGCCUGUUGUUAUAUUAACAGAAACGGUUGAUGGGGGUUUGGGCAUGCACAUGCUGGAUUCAGUUGUGAUUUCUCCGAGGCGUUUUGAGCGUUCACAAGGGCACGGAUCGAUGGACUGCAAUGGGACAGAUGCAAAUGGAUGGAUGGGUAGAAGGAUGAGCAGUGUUGUUGUUCAUCUCAUGGUCGGUAGAGAUGGGAGGGGUGGGGGUGAUGCUGCUGCUGCUGCUGCUGCUGCUGCUGCUAGCGAUCUACAAGCGGGUCAGUCCAUAGCGCAGGGCCAUGGUAUGAACCAUGAGAUGAUCCGUCAGAAAUGA